AUGACGUAUCAUGGUUUCAGGAAUAGGGGAGAGGAGGAAAGAGGAAGAGACGAAAGGGGGAGGAGGUCUCCUGGCUCUGGGAACAACUCCACCUCAGUUCUUGCCACCAUAAGCCUCAGGUCCGAUGUUACCUCCUCCUGUGCAAGCUCACUUCAUGUCUUACAGGUGCUGCUGCUGCUGCUGUCACUACUCCUGGCUAUGAUGGUGCCCCCCACCAUGGGAAAAAGUAAGAGAAACUUAGGGAAAGCUAAAGAUGAAAGUGUGGACUACGAGUGGUAUACUGAACUUCUCUGCACGUGUGUAAAGAUCAUCUCUGGCAUUCAUCCCAGUAACAUCCAAAAUUUGAAGGUGAUCAGUCCAGGACAUCAUUGCCCCAAAGUUGAAGUGAUAGCCAACCUGAAGAAUGGGAAGGAACUCUGCUUGGACCCAGAUGCUCCCAAAAUCAAGAAAAUAAUCCAGAAAAUUAUGGAAAGUGAUGGGUCUGCUGCUUUACCUAUACAUUUUCUGCCAAACUUUUUUAUCUCCUAA